AUGACUGCUUCGCAUAUCAAUGCUAAAGUUUUAGAUAGUUUACGUUUGGGCAAUCCAGAUAUUGCAAAAGAUGCAAAAUGUCACAAGGUUGUUUUCACACCAGUCACUAUAUUCUAUUAUCAAAAACGCCAAGUCGAUGCAACAGGGAACUCUAGUGAAAACUCUACUCAAGGUGUACAGGCGAGUUCAGAAAUACAACUCGUGUCACCCAAUGCAACAGAACUUAAUCAGACGGAAUUCAACAACAUCCUCGUAACAGGGUACAGUCAAGUGAAUUCAAGCAGUGAAUUGCACUUAUCCAAUGUAGAAACUAACGGUGUUCAAGGAAUUGCUGAUAUUGAAUUAUUACUUAUUAAUACUACAAAUAUAAAUGAAAGUCUAUUUAUUACUGCUUUAAUAUAUCAUGGAAUGAAUAUGAGUAGGACUUUUAAUAUCUAUUUAUUGAAUAUUGAAGUUAAUCUCAUCUCUAAUGAAACUACAAUAUCCACCGAAAUGUCAACAAGUAAAUCCACCGAAAAUAAACUAGAUAUUUCAUCAGUAACAACAUCAACUCCAAGAUUUAUGUCAGUCGUUACCAGUCCAGAAUAUAAUUUCAUUAGUGAUGGUAUAUCUUUUGAACCUUUUGAAAAUACUCUACCUCCAUUAUUUGAUAAACCUACGAUAGGACAAAUUGAGGCAUUAAUCUGCAAAGAAGAACCAUGGGAUUUGAUGGAAUGGUCAGAUAAUUUAAGUAUACCUACAAGUGCAUUUUACUUAAAUUUAUCAUCACAAAUUCAAUAUCUGGUUACUAAAAGUGUACAAUUAGCGAAUGUUCAAAUUUCAUUCUCGUUCAAAAUUCUGAACGUCACGUUCGAAAAAUACAUGAUUCAACUUGGAUUCAUGGAAAACUUUCGAAUGAUCGACUGUAUCUUCAUGAAAAUGACGGUGGAAAUGAGAUCAUUGGAAGCUUCACUAUUAUCCGAUAAGGAAUUAACGCAGAUUUUCAUUGAAGGAUGGGAAAAGUUGAAUGUUACGAGUGGACCAAAGUUGGUUGACAUUGAAUUCACUCGUGUCCAUUCCGAUUCCACAUCCAUUCCACCAGUCACCGACAUCACUCAUUCAACUCAGUCUGACCAAACCACAUCCACGUCACACUUGAUCGACACCACGCCAACAAUCUCCACUACAGCAUUCCAGUCGACAGAAUCAACCACACUGCAAACACCAGUCUCAACUCCUGUGUCAGUGUCAGUGUCAGUGUCAACAUCACAACACACACCAGAGUCCACAUCACAGCCAUCACCACAGUCUACACUAAUGCAAACAGGUGUCCAUUCCGAUUCCACAUCCAUUCCACCAGUCACCGACAUCACUCAUCCAACUCAGUCUGACCAAACCACAUCCACGUCACACUUGGUCGACACCACGCCAACAAUCUCCACUACAGCAUUCCAGUCGACAGAAUCAACCACACUGCAAACACCAGUCUCAACUCCAGUCUCAGUGUCAGUGUCAGUGUCAACAUCACAGCACACACCUCAGUCCACAUCACAGCCAUCAUCACAGUCUACAGCAAUGCAAACAGUUUUAAUAACAGCAAUCUUUAGAGUUCAAGGAACACUUUAUACUGGUAACAAUUCAGAUCUAUAUCUUUGGUCAUCAGAUUUAGCAAAUCCAUCAACAAUAGAAUAUAUAACAUUGAAAAUGAAACUUUGUACUUUUAUUAUUGAACGUUUAAAUGAAAGUUAUUCUUCUAUAAUUAAAAAUGCAAAAUGUUCUAAAGUAAUCUUCAUCCCAAUAAAUGUGAAUAAUUUACAAAUAAGACAAAUCAAUUAUACAAAUCUCAUUCAAGGUGUUCAAGGAAUUGCUGAUAUUGAAUUAUUACUUAUUAAUACUACAAAUAUAAAUGAAAGUCUAUUUAUUACUGCUUUAAUAUAUCAUGGAAUGAAUAUGAGUAGGACUUUUAAUAUCUAUUUAUUGAAUAUUGAAGUUAAUCUCAUCUCUAAUGAAACUACAAUAUCUACCGAAAUGUCAACAAGUAAAUCCACCGAAAAUAAACUAGAUAUUUCAUCAGUAACAACAUCAACUCCAAGAUUUAUGUCAGUCGUUACCAGUCCAGAAUAUAAUUUCAUUAGUGAUGGUAUAUCUUUUGAAGCUUUUGAAAAUACUCUACCUCCAUUAUUUGAUAAUGGUGUCCGGCCAACGGAUCCGAUGUAUUUUGCGUAG